AUGGACGGUGCCGGCGGCAGCGCUACCUCUCCUCCGCCACCGCCUCCGUCUUCUGUCGAUCCGAGGAACGGAUUCUGCUCGGCGACGAGGACCUUCUACAGCCUGCGCCCGCCGAAUGCUCUCCCGCCUUCAUCGCAACCUCUGUCCGUCACAUCCUACAUAUUUGCCCGCCUCUCUUCCUCUCCGGCGGGGAAGUCCGUGGCGGAGACGCCUGCCGUCAUCAACUCCUCCAGGGAAGGUGCCUCGAUAACCUACGGGGAGUUUUUCUCUCAGGUGCGCAGCCUCGCAUGGAACCUCCGGUCUCGUCUCGGCUUGUCCAAGGGCGAGGCGGCCUUCGUUCUCUCGCCCGCCCGCCUAGACAUCCCGGUUCUCUACUUCGCGCUCCUUUCCAUCGGCGUCGUUGUAUCCCCCUCCAACCCAGCGUCGACUGCGGUGGAGAUCUCCCGCCAGUUCGACCUCAUCCGUCCCUCCAUUGCAUUUGCAACCUCUGCCGAAGCUCACAAGCUCCCCCGGGGCGUCAGGAUCGUCCUUCUUGACCAGGAUCAGUUCUACUGCCUCCUCUGGAACGACAAUGUCGGCGUCCCUCUGCCUGCACCGGAGAUCCUCCAGUCCGACCCCGCCGCUGCACUCUUAACCUCGGGUACUACUGGCCAGGUCAAAGCGGCGGUGCUGUCUCAUGGCAACUUCAUCGCCCUUAUGGCCGAAUGCGAGAAGACCGGUGAGAGGGAUAGUCAGGCGGUGACCUUUUUGACGGUGCCCCUGUUUCAUGUCUUCGGCUUGAUGAUGCUACUGCGGGUAAUAGUAUUAGGCCAUACGAUGGUGUUCCUGGAGCGGUUAGACUUCGUUUCCUUGUUACGGGCCGUGGAGAGGCAUCGUGUAAAGUUCAUGCCCGUGUCACCGCCGUUAAUCGUGGCGAUGGUGAAGUCCGACGCCGUGGAUAAGUUCGAUCUGUCUUCGCUCGAAGUGGUGGGCUGUGGUGGGGCUCCGCUUGGCAAGGAGGUGGCGGAACGAUUCACCAAGCGUUUCCCCCACAUCCAGAUAGUUCAGGUGAUCUGUGGUUUCGAGAGGAGCAGGAAGAUACAUAGUUUUUCUUUUCCCUUAUUCGGACUGCCCCGGUCUCUUGUGGUUACUUGGGAGUUGAUGUGCUUAUGGAUCUCGUGUGCAGGGAUAUGGCUUGACUGAAUCAGGAGGACAAGGAGCGGCGACUGAAGGGCCGGAGGAGACCCUCGUGCACGGGUCUGUCGGCCGUUUGGGAUCCAACGUGGAGGCCAGAAUCGUGGAUCCCGUCACCGGCCAGUCUCUUCCUCCAGGCCAGCGUGGGGAGUUAUGGUUGCGGGGGCCAACCAUCAUGAAAGGUAUUGCUCGAGAUCAAUCUGUGCUCUGUGGGGUGUAAUGCUUGAUAGUGCCCGAAUAAUCCAUCGCGGUAUUCGAAUCACUGCACCAAAUGGAGCCCACGAAUAGAGUUUUCUGGACUAGCUGGGGUAAUAUGAAAAUGGCAAGUAUAAAAGGAUCAAUACGAUUAAAAAACUUAGAAAUGCAAGACACAAUUUCCGAUUUAUGCUCUAACCGGGAUUUCCUCUACUUGAAGUAUAGGUAGAAAUAUAGACCCUCUCUGUCCUCCCAUUAAAGCGGUGACUACAAUCUGGUCUAUUAUCCCUUACGUCCUGCCCACGUUUCAAAUCAUUAUAAUUUAAGUGACUGUUUAUUUGAAGUUCUAAACAGUUUUUCGAAAGUUUUUUGUGGGUGGUGGGUUUUAGAUGAAAAGUAUUAUAUUCUUUUGAUGAUCGCGGACAUUGAUUUUGAUGCUUACUUUUUCAAGAUGUUCUUUACAGGUUAUCUCGGUGAUGAUGGGGCUACUGCAUCCACGUUGGAUUCAGAGGGUUGGUUGAAGACCGGUGAUCUUUGUUACUUUAAUGAAGAUGGGUUUCUCUUUAUUGUUGAUCGGUUAAAGGAGCUCAUAAAAUACAAAGCAUAUCAGGUAUCGUAAGCUCUUUUAACGGUGGAUAUAUUAUGCCGUAACGAUGAGUAGUUAGUUCGUUGACAGAGUAGGCUGCCUUUUGUGUUUCUAAGGAUUCAUCCCUAGCUGCAUUGCAGGUUCCUCCCGCUGAAUUGGAGCGUGUACUUCUCUCACACUCAGAGAUAUCUGAUGCAGCUGUGGUUCCGUAAGUGUGAAACCAUUCGAUUCAUUUAACUUUCAGUCUUGCCUCUGUCUCUUUUUAUUUAUUUAUGUGGAUGAACAUGUCCUUCUGGCUAGGAACUCUGGUUUGUGUUAUUUGUUUUAGAUUUGGAGUCACCAUAUCUUUUUGGACACAUAAACAUAAUGCAACAGAGACAUAAAAAGUUUCUAAUCCUCCUCUGGGAAAAAAAAUAUAGAGUAGCGCCAAACCCACUAUUCCAGGGUGGCCUAAAUUUAUCCCUGCUUGCCCGACAAUAUAUGGAAUCAACGGACUAUGCUAAGCGACUCCCCACACCGCAUUCAUGAAAUGGCUCGGCUGCAAUAGAUUACAGAGGGUCCGUGGUAUUCAAAGUACUGGUCUGAUCCAGGAAGGGGCCUAGAAGUGCCUAGUUCUACACUAGACUACAGUUGUGUCGAUACAUUUUCAGAUCUAAGUGCUGUCCAGAGUCCGACAGGACAUUGAGGGUGAUGUCAAUCCUGACUUGAAUGGCGAACUUCACUACCAUUUGAGAAAUCCCAUCAGCUCAUCUUCCCUGAAUGCACGAAUGGCUUAAAAACCUUCCUUCAUUCGUCAUUCAAAGAAGACCGAAAAGCUUGAUGAAGUCCUCAGGUGCGAGUGCCAGCACAAUCAUGAGCAAAAUAUAGCAGAGUGGGCAGAGCAGAAGGGAAGGUCCUCAUACAGAGUCGCAAACUUGAGCAGUGCGGGAGACUGGUUGAAUCUGCCAAGUGUAGCAUACGAGAUAACGCUCUUGGGAACUGUCACCAAUCAGGCUACGUUAGGAAGGACCUGGAAUAUGUUCAAUCAUUUCUGAAUCUGUGCCUAUUUAUUUACCUCUAUCCAAUUCACGAAUUUGUAGACGAGAUCAUCAUCCAACGGCCUACUGUCUGACGAACGAUGUUGUUGAGCUGAUUGUAUAGAAUUAGUAAAAUGCAUUGUAAGGGGGAGAGGGGGUGUUGAAAUGGAGCUUUUUGGCUGUGGACUAGGAGCUGGGUGGUUGUGCUGAACGUAGCUAGUGGAAAAUUUACCUGGACACAACUUCCAGCGACAUGACAUUCAGCCGAAGGGGGAUAUGGUUUCAGGGGGAUGACGACAAUGAUAUGGUCCAAAGCCCAGGGCCUAAAGGACUUCGUGAGUGGGUGGUGGUAGAGACACUGACAUCCAAUAUGGCCAAUGCUAAUAUCGUCGAAAGAAGAUGCUGGGCUUAUUUGGGGGGCAACAGCUUACUAGUAGAGUUUAUAAAGAAUAGACGGCCAGAAAGGUGGAGUGUGGAGAAGUAGAUUUCGCGUUUCAUGCGAUGGCUAGUGCUCAGAAAACGAUUAUACUGAUCAAGGUAUUGGCUACGGGGAUAGAGAUUAUCAAAGAUAAAAAGGUUAUUUGAUUGCCCUUCACCAACUUUUUCCAGGAGCUGUUCGAGAAAGAUGAGAUUUUUAAACUGAAACGUAAAGAAUGUAUUUUACCGGAAGUGAAAGGGGGAUGAUUAUCCGGUUUCAACUUUUCUGAUUUUAAGAUGAUAUAUUUUUAUAGGAAAUUAUUAAUUUUGCGAGAUUACAGCGACAUAAUCUAAUGAGAUGAUGAGUUGGCAUGCAACCAAGCUGGGGAGAUGUAGGUAAUAGGUAUUAUCUUCAUUGGGGUCGUGGUGUGAUGAUUGGUAGGUAUAUCAUGGCAGUUUCAUGCUUUUUUUUUUUUCUUCUUGUUGUUAUCUUCUGAAGAAAUGUUGUGAAAUUACAGGUAUCCCAGUGAAGAAGCAGGAGAAAUUCCAAUGGCUUAUGUCGUGAGAAGACCUGGUGGUACUCUCAGUGCGGAACAAGUAAUGGAAUUCGUUGCAAAAACGGUAAAUAAAUGAAAACUCGGCACUCCAGUUACCUUUGAUCACCUGAGGGAGAGAGGAAACCUAACGGAUGGAAGAUUACAAGGGCUCUGAAAUCAAUCGAAACCGUCGCCCUCUGUUGUGAUGUACAGUAGUAGUCCGAGCUCGUUGUUUCUUUGAAAUUCUAAAUAACCUGCUUCAGUUCUAGUGGAUUUUGUUUCCUCUGGUUGGCGAGCUGAGAGACCCUUUUCUUGUUCUUGCAGGUCGCGCCGUACAAGAAGGUUAGGCGAGUGGCAUUCAUAGAAUCGAUACCUAAAUCGGCAGCUGGUAAGAUACUGAGGAGAGAGCUCAUCACUCAUGCUCUCUCCGGCUCCGCGUCGAAAUUAUGA